AUGGCUUCUCCUUCAUGCAGUGUAAGAGGAGAAGUAGCAGGUGAAUUAAGUUCGGCUCCUGCUAAGUCUUCUCUACCGCCGCCUCGCCCCAAGUCUCCGCCGCCGUAUCCAGAUUUGUAUGGGAAACGUAGAGAGGCGGCGAGAGUUCAGAUGCUAGAGAGAGAGAUUGGUUUUCUCGAGGCAAGAAGCCAAAAUGCUGCAACUCCACAUGUUGUAGCUGCAUUGGUUCCAAAUGCUGUAACGGGUCCUGCUGCUCAUCAAACAGCUGUUGUUGCCCGAAACCGAGCUGCCCCAGCUGCCCUAGCUGUUCAUGCUUCCGAGGUUGUUGUUGUUGUACUUGUCCGGACUUGUGUUGUUGCAUACCCACCUGUUUCCGUAGUUGCAGUCGACCAUCGUGUCUUAAUAAGAAGAAGAGCUCAUGUUGCAGUUGCAACUGCAAGAUCAAAUGGUCAUCUUGUUUUAAAUGUCCUAAGUUACGGCUUUGUUGUUGUUUUUGCAAUUUUGUCAUCUCUAUAA